CUCUCCCGUUACCAUGACGACCCUAAAUCCAUCAAAAUAAACAAAUUUUUUUUCGUACGUCAAAUCCGUGUUUGAAAUGUUGUGAAAAAAGUUAUUUUAAGAAUUAAUUAGUGCGAUUUUAUAACUUUCCAAGUUAUACAAUGGAUCAAAACCGUCCCGAGGUGAACGGAAAUCACCAACAAAACGUCCAUUUGCACAUGCAUCACGUAUGCGCUUGUCAAAGCCUCUAUCCCACCACUUACUACCCCCCAAUCAGUUAUCGCACUCCGUUAAUCCCUUACGCAGCAGCCCCUCAAACUGUGGCUCGUCCUUAUCUCCAACAUUAUCAAUACACUCAAUUCAACGUUGGUAGUCAAUACAACAUGCCUAUGACACAAUUAUCAUCCACUUACACUGGCACCGCCACUGGUCAUCCAGGUAGUGAUUCGACUAUAGCCAUACCUACACGCGAUCGACGCGAAAGAGGUGAUUCCCAAGAUAGUGUCCCUGAUCUGGAACGAACUCCUCCGGAACCACCCGAAUUUGAAUUCGCCACUGGUCCCAUCAUCCCUCCAGUAAACGAGCUAUUUUUCAUGAACAACUCAGAAGACUUCCAAAUGAACACUGAUAGUUUUAUCAAGUUUUUGGAACGAAGUUGUUUGACAGCCGAACAAAUUGCGUAUAGAAAUCGCAAUAGGCCAUGUUUUCGAAAUAUCCAAAAUUUAUGUAUUCGAACAAGAUCGGAGAUACUCAAGCCGAGAACAACUAUUUCAAAUAUCCAUUCACAGGGGAUUCCCUGGGCCACAAAGGAUUUUAUUUAUGCUUUUGUUAGACUCACCAACUGUUGGCAUAUACUGAAAGGUUAUUGGGAGAAUCGUGAAGGUUCAGCUUUGGGAAAAAUCGAAAAAGAAUUAACUCCGGGCUUUAAAGCUUGUUAUGUAAGAUGGGAAAAAGAAACAGUUGAAUUGGCCACGGAAUUGACUAGGAUUUUUUAUAAUCUAGAUGUGAAUCAAAGCAAUCCGGGACCAACAGUUAAUGUCCAUACAGCUAAUAAUUUAAUUCCCCCUCAGGUGAGUCUUCUGAAAACUGGUGAAACGAAAAAAAGUGCAAGUAGCGGUGAAAGUGCCACAACUGCGACUUUAACUAAUACAACAUCGAAUUCGAGUAAGAACGUCAGAGGAAUACUUCAUUUACCUUCAACGAUGUCGACAGAAACUGUAGAUCAAGGAAAUCAAACUUGUUCUGGUGAUUUUUGCACAAAAUCCGAUGAUAAUGAUUCAGAUGAGGAAAAUGCAGUUGUUUAUAUGAAACCGGGGAGUUACCGUGUCCCCAAAAAAUACAAAAAUAAAGAAUUGUCAAUCAUUAAUAAAAAUAAUAGUCCUCGAGUGAUUGAGUUUCUAGAAACAGCUCAAAAUGUAACAAAGGGACUCGAAGCGGCCAAUGACAAGUAUUGGGUCAAAGUCAAAACUUCAACUAAAAAACUUGAACAACCUAAAUCGGAGAUUGACGAACCAAUGGAGAGUGAUAUGAAUUCGGAAGUGUUUUUUAAUGUCCAUGAGUGGCUUUCUAAUAGCAAUUUUUCGGACUAUGGGGACCAAUCAAGCACUUCGACUUCACCCCCUAAGCCGGCUCAGUUUUUUCCCGAUCUUUUGGAUGAUGCCUCUUCUAAUCUAGAAUCAGAUACGAUACCGUCCCGGACUUACCGGAGAAAACCGGAAACUUUGAGUAUUAUGGUCUACGAGAUGAAAAGUGGAGGUCUCACUAAAAAAACCAAGACGAUCCUAGAAAAAAUCCUGUAUGAAUUGAAAGGAACCGAGUUGGCUGGAUUACUAUCAGAAUGCGUGAUGGAUGGUCCAAAUUUGGAUAUGGUACAAAAGAAUCUCACUAGAGAUUGCUACAGAUAUGUGAAUGAGUUUGUGCGAGAUUUGCGUUAUUUGGUUAAUUCUGCCAGUCAACAUUUUAAAAAAUGUGAUCACACGGAGGAUAAACUGAAGAUGUUUUCGAAGAAAUUAGAAACGUUGCUUGUUGAAUACUUUCCGAAUUAUGAUUUUGGGUCGAUAAAUGGGCACAGAGGUGAGAAAGUUGGCAAGUUGAAAUUGAAAAAUUGCUUGUUUGACGGUGACGGUGAUCAUUUAAAAAAUUGAUAAAGAUAAGGAAAAAAUUCCGAUAAGGAUAAGUACAAAUUGGGAGAUUUUCGUCUCAAAAAUUCCCUACAAAAAAAAAGUUAAAUUUUAGGUGCCUGAAAAAUUGUUUUAAGUAAACUUAAUUCUUGUUAUAAAAAACUGGUUGUUUUUUAGUCGUAAGGUUUGUUGUUGUAAUUUGUAAAUUGCUGUUUCGAUUAAAAAUAUCCCCUCAUGGAACAAAAA